UAUAUAAGUGAAGUUUACAAACUGAGAGAAACAAAAUUACUCAUUUUCUGUUAAAUCCUAACUACUGAAACAAAUCACUCUCUGCAACACACGCGCCGCCGCCAACAACAACAACCGCCGCAUGGCGGAAGGCAACAACAGAAAUGCAGUUUACAUUCCCCUCCACGUGAUAGAAACCAUCCUGUUCAAAUUGCCGGCGAAGUCCGUCCUCCGGUUCCGAGCAGUUUCCAGAUCGUGGCGGGACAUGAUUUCCGAUCCGGCAUUCCACCGAACCUACAUCCGAGGCUACCAGAACUCGUCCUCCCAACCCAAUCUCUUCUUCUCGAAACCGUCGUACCGCCAUAGCAAAGUUUCUCUGGUCAAAUUCGAAGGGGGGGAAUUCGUCGCCGUCCGGCAAUUGGUAAACCCUAUCACUAAAACCUGGUCCGUCUCGUGCUUUUGCGACGGCUUGGUUCUCCUACAGCCGCCGUCGCUGAGGAAUUACCUCCUGUGGAAUCCCUCAACCGGAGCCACCAUGGAAUUCCACUCACCUUGGUCCCUUAGCCUAACGAGCACCGGCAUGUGUUACGGCCCGAUUCUCGACGAAUUCAAGGUCGUCGUCAUAUCGAGAUCGCGGCAGCCGGAUUACAGCGUCUAUUCCUUCAGGACCGGAAUCUCGGAAAAGCGGCGGAAGCCGUUCGCAAACACCGAUCAAGUCAGCGAAUCGGGGCUGUAUUUCGACGGGGCCGUGUAUUGGCUCAAGGUCGACUACGAAAACCCGAACAUCGUCAGGAUCCUCUAUUUCGAUCCGAGAGACGACCACCUCAAAAUUCGGAAGACGCCAGCUGGUGCGGGGGGUGACAACGACAGACCGAUUUUCCUGACGUGCUUGAAGGGGCGUCUUUGCGUUUACAGCAACGAUGCGAAAGACGAGACGGUGGUUAAGAUCUGGACGAGGAACAAGAAAAAUACUUCUUGGGAGGUGUUGAUGAGUAUCGCGAAUGUGCGGCACGAUAUUUGCACUCUCCGGCCGAUGUUUUUCGCCGGAGAUAAGGUUGUGAUACGUCGGAUUAUUAGAAAUAUGACGUAUUUGGAUACUCUGGUAGUUCUGGUCUACGACGCUCGGGAGCGAAAAUUCGAGGGUCGUGAUGAAACCGCGGUUUUUGGAGGGGUGUUCGUUCCUUACGUCGAUAACCGUUUCUUCCCUGUUCGAAAUGUCGCCAGGCCCAAGAGGAAGCGUAAAAACUCUGCGCAGUAACCUUUGCGAGUUGUCGGAUUGAUCUCAGCACUAAAAACGUGUAUCGAUUUCGAAUUAGUCGGAUUUGAUUACUAGUAAAUGUCUGUCGUUUCGGGUCAGGGAGUAAAUGCGUAUAGUUUUGUUCGUGUUUUCCGAGUCGAGAUUAGUCGGAUUAAUCAGUAGUAAAUGUGUAUAGUCGAAAUUCCUAUUUUUUUUCCGAGUUGAAUUAGUCCGAUUAAUUGGAGACGUGUAUAAAAUUGAUUCUCGUUUUCCGAGUACAGUUUCGACAUGAGGGUGUUCAGUGGACGAAAAUUCAUAUACACAUUUAACAACGAAAGAAAAACGGAAGACCGUCGAGCUCCGCCUCUAAAUCGAAAAACACUCGAAA